AUGAAGGACUAUGACGUCAUUUUAGGAAUGGAUUUCCUAACAACGUAUAACGCUAGAACCGACUGUAGUAAGAAAGAAGUCAUUCUUGCACCGGUAGGAGAAGACGAAGUUCAUUUUCAAGGGAAAGUGAAACGAACCCCUUCACCAAUGAUUUCUGCAGCAAGGGCAAGGAAAUUAUUAGCAAACAGAUGCACCGGAUAUCUAGCAACAAUUUGUAACACCUCGAAAGAGAAGCUUGCGAGACCUGAAGACGUUCAUAUUGUACGCGAAUUUAUGGAAGCAUUUCCAGAAGAUCUUCCGGGAAUUCCUCUCGAUCGUGAAAUUGAGUUUGAGAUCGAGUUGUUACCUGGUACAACUUCGAUUUCAAAGGCCCCUUACCACAUGGCACCUGCCGAACUGAAAGAACUAAAGACUCAACUGGAGGAACUUCUGGAAAAUAAGUUUAUAAGACCCAGUCAUUCACCAUGGGGAGCCCCAUCAGAAAAAGAACAUGAGGAACAUCUAAGAUGUACGCUGGAAACUCUCAAAAAGGAACAACUGUAUGCCAAAUUCAAGAAGUGUGAAUUUUGGCUCGAUAAAAUUAACUUUUUGGGACAUGUUGUGUCAAAAAGUGGGAUUUUGGUGGAUCCAUCUAAGGUAGAAGCAGUAAAAGGAUGGUCCCAGCCAAGGAAUGCAACUGAAGUAAGAAGUUUUCUGGGCCUAGCUGGAUAUUAUCGACGAUUCAUAGAAGGGUUUUCCAAAAUUGCAACCCCACUUACGGCGCUCACUAGAAUGAAUAGUCGAUUUAUAUGGACGGAAGCUUGUGAGGAGAGCUUUAUGGAAUUAAAGAAUCGACUAACUAAUGCUCCAAUCCUCACCAUCCCGAAUAGUAGAGACGAGUUUGAAAUUUUCUGUGACGCUUCAAAGAUGGGAUUAGGAGCGGUGUUGAUGCAAGAAGGGAGAGUAAUAGCCUACGCCUCCAGAAAAUUAAAGGAUUACGAGAAAAACUACCCCACACAUGAUUUGGAGUUAGCUACAGUACUUUUUGCCUUGAAAAUUUGGAGACAUUAUCUCUACGGAGUAAGAUGUAUAUUAAAAUUUAACGGAAGAAUUUGCGUACCUGCAAGAGAGGACAUUAAGAAUAAGAUUAUGAAUGAAGCUCAUAACACUCCAUACACGGUACACCCAAGCUCAACAAAGAUGUACAGAAGUUUGAGGGAACACUUUUGGUGGCCUGGCAUGAAGAAAGAUGUAGCCCAAUAUGUAGCUCGGUAUCUUACUUGCCAAAUGAUUAAGGCAGAACAUCAACGACCUGGAGGAGAACUGCAGCCCUUGGAAAUACCAGAAUGGAAAUGGGAGCAGAUUGCAAUGGACUUUGUUAUUGGACUUCCACGAACAAGCAAAGGAUAUGAUUCGAUAUGGGUCAUCAUCGAUCGAUUAACAAAGUCUGCUCAUUUCCUUCCGGUAAAGGUGACGUACACAGGGGACCAAUUAGCGGAAGCUUAUGUGCAAGAGAUAGUACGAUUGCAUAGAAUUCCAAUUUCCAUAGUGUUAGAUAGAGACUCAAAAUUUACUUCGAAGUUCUGGCAAAGCUUGCACAAGGCUAUGGGGACAAGAUUGAAAUUUAGUACAGCUUUCCACCCACAAAUAGAUGGUCAAACAGAAAGGACUAUACCGAAUCUUGAAAAUAUGCUAAGAGCUUAUCAGGAAACCAUAGGGAUGGCACCCUAUGAAGCGUUAUAUGGACGGAAAUGUCGAUCCCAUAUCCAUUGGCAUGAGGUGGGUGAAAGAAAGUACAUAGAGCAACAAACUGGACCAUAUAUUGUGACGUCGACAAUGGAAAUUGUUCGAAAAAUUCAACAGAGGAUAGCAGCAGCCCAAAGUCGACAAAAGUGUUAUGCUGACAAACGAAGAAGACCAUUAGAGUUCCAAGUCGGAGAAAAAGUAUUUCUACGGAUAACACCAAUGAAAGGUGUUAUGAGAUUUGGACAAAAAGGAAAGUUGAAUCCAAGGUUCAUUGGACCUUUUGAAAUAUUAGACCGAAUUGGAAAAGUGGCCUAUAAAUUAGCACUACCACCAGAGUUGUCGGAUGUGCAUGAUGUCUUCCAUGUGUCUGUUGAAGAAAUAUAUUCCUGA